AUGAAUAGAAGAGAAAUUCCAUGGUUACAGAUUUUAUGCCUAGUUAUUGCAACAGAUGCCCAGUAUCACUGUAACGUCGCAGACCCUUGCACCCAGGCCAAUGUGUCCCGUUUCUUUGAACCGCAUGCAAGAUACAAGAACUGUCAGUAUGACCCAAAGUAUGGAUUAUGUGACCGUUACAUAACACCACAGUGGUACCGGGUAGACGACAAGAUGUUGACGGAAUGUCCAGAAUUGCUGAGCUGUGGAGCACUUUAUCCUGUAUGGCUUAGGGGGUCUCUGCCAUUGAUUUCUGAUGGAGUAGUUGGACGAAAGGCAUGUAAAGUGGGUUUUAAUGACUGCUGUAGAGAGGAAGUUGAUGUUAAAAUAAAACACUGUGGAUUAUUCUAUGCCUACUGCUUGGGUGCAAUGAGUGCAUGUUCCGAACGCUAUUGCUUUGGAGAAAAUGGUUCUUGUGACGUUCCACAAUCAACUACAUCAACGGAAAUAACAAUAAAUCCAUUAACAACAAUUAGACGACCAUUUUCCUCUCAGAUUCCACCAUCAGAACAUCCUUGCUCACAAGACCCAUGUAUCGUUGGGCAUGUUCAUGAUCUAAGUGAUCCCAAAGAGCGAAGCAUGAACUGUGAAUACAAUCAAAAUAUUGCUCUGUGUGAUAAAUUUCUUACUCCUGGAUGGGGUAAUCAACUAAAACACUGCACCAAUCUAUCCACUCAGAAGACCAACAUAAUCCAGGAGAGAACACUAAUCAGGAGAUCAACAGCACCCCAGGAGUCCAACAGCACCCACGAAGACCAACACCACCCUCGGGAUUCCGACACCAGGACUCUAACACCAAGAUUUAAUUAA